GAUGGGAGUUGUAGUGCCAGAGGCCGGCGUCACGUUGCUCAGGACUGGUGAGCGGGAGGCGGCGGCGGUAGUAGUAGCCAUGUCUCUGGUGGCUUACGCUAGCAGUGAAGACAGCGGCUCGGACUCGGAGACGGCACAGGAGCCACGGAAGGAGACAGCACAACCCCCUCCUCCGGCCCAGGCCGAAGCCGCGGCCUAUCCUGCGCCCUACAGCCGCCAGGGGGAGCAAGAGCAGCAACAGCAGCAGCACAGCCCCGGGUACUAUGGGCCUCCAGGUGGGGUGUACGGCCUGCCCUACCCGCCUGGAUACGGGCCCCCUCCUAACUAUGGCACUGCGGGCUAUGGGGCCCCUGCCUACCCUGUCAGUCCUGGACCCCCAGGGUAUGGGGCCUAUAACAGCCAGGGGCCUGGGGCUGCCAGCUACCCCAAUAUGGGGUACAGUCCUGCAGGGUACCCCCCACCAAACAUGAACCUGCCUCCACCACAGGGGGCGCCAGUGGGUAACAUGCCCCCAGCUCAUGGAGGGCCACCGGGCAUGAACCUUCCACCCCCGCAGGGGGCAUCGGGCAUGAACCUUCCACCCCCGCAGGGGGCAUCGGGGAUGAACUUGCCACCUCCGCAGGGGUCCUCGGGCAUGAACCUUCCACCUCCCCAGGGGUCCGCGGGGAUGAACCUUCCUCCGCCGCAAGGGUCCUCUGGGAUGAACCUUCCACCGCCGCAAGGGUCCUCUGGGAUGAACCUUCCUCCGCCGCAAGGGUCCUCGGGAAUGAACCUUCCACCGCCGCAAGGGUCCUCUGGGAUGAACCUUCCACCGCCGCAAGGGGCUUCGAACAUGAACCUGCAACCGCCGCAGGGGGCGUCGAGCAUGAACUUACCCCCUCCACAAGCUGGCCAGAAUAUGAACUUACCCCUGCCACAAGCUGGCCAAAGUAUGAACUUACCCCCUCCACAGGGGUCCACAGGAAUGAACCUCCAUCCCUCACACAGCGGGCCUGGUAUGGCCUUGCCCCCUCCCCAAGGCAGCCCGAAUAUGAACCUCCGGCACGGUACCUCGGGACUAAAUUUGCCGCCCACCCAGGGUGGCUCUGGACUACACAUGCCCCCUCCCCAGAACACACACGGCAUGAACCUCCCUCCCCCGCAAGGCGGGCACGGACUUAACCUCCCUCCCCCCCAGGGCGGCCACGGAAUGAACCUCCCUCCCCCGCAGUCCAGUCCCACUGGACUCAACUUGCCUCCCCCGAUGGGCGGACACGCUAUGAACCUUCCGCCUCCACAGGCUGGGAUGGGCCUGCCGCCGGCAAUGAACAUUCCCCCUCCACAGCUAAGCCCGACGUCGCCGUCAGGAGCAGAACCGCGUUUGCCGCCUCCCAAACCCACCGGCCACGGGCUGAACCUUCCACCCCCGGAGAGCGACAGUUUGGGGAAUUCCAAACCGAGGAAGCGAUCGGAGCCCGUCAAGAUCAGCGUCCCGGAGCUCCGCACUGGAGAUUCCGACUCGGAGGAAGAUGAACCAUUCCGGAAGAAAGCAGCAAGUCGGGUAUCCAAAGAAGGGCUUGGACUGUCGUCCUUACUCCCUGAACCGAAGAAUGCACGUGGGGGAGACUCCAAACGCACGUUCCUCCCUUACAUCUUCACAAAGAAACCAUCUGACUCUCCCAACGAAUCAAAACCCAAGCAGAAGUCCAAGCCCAAGCUCACCGCCAGCUCCGAGGUGUCCCACACGCCGUCUCCAUCGGCCAUCAAAGCGGCAGCCAAGAACGCCGCCCUGCAGGUGACCAAGCAGAUCACACAGGAGGAGGAUGAGGAAAGCGACGAAGAGUUCCAACAGGGCAACUUCUUCUCAUUGACGGACAGCAACGAGGCUGCUAUGGCUCCCGAUGAGAGCUAUACAUAUCCGCUUCCACCAGUGAAUGAUGAUGGACCUCCGGGGGUCGAUCAUGGUCAGUUACAGAGCGAUGCAGCAAAUGCUCCACUGGAGUUCAAGACAGCACCUGGCCCAAACCAACCGUGGUCAGCCAUGUCUACAGAAGACUACGGCGGCCAGGAGUACGGCCAGUAUCAUGAGUAUAACAACCCACAAGCUGCUGCUGCUGCAUACUAUCAGCAGGAAUAUUACGGUAGCGGGUAUUAUCAGGAUCCGGAGCAGUCUUCAGGCCCCCAGCAAGACUCCCCAACAGGCGACUCUUUCAUGGAUGAUGAAGCGUUCAAGCGUCUACAAGGAAAGCGGAAUCGGGGGAGAGAGGAAAUUAACUUUGUAGAGAUUAAAGGUGACGACCAGCUCAGCGGGAACCAGCAGUGGCUGACCAAGGCUCUGACGGAGGAGAAAAACAUGAAGUCCUUCAGCAAGAAAAAAGGGGAUCAGCCAACCGGACAGCAACGGCGGAAACAUCAGAUCACCUACCUGAUCCACCAGGCCAAAGAGCGGGAGCUGGAACUGAAGAACGCUUGGUCCGACAACAAGAUGAGCCGGCGACAGACACAAGCCAAGUACGGGUUCUAGCAGAGCGUGCGCAGCGACGGGCGACUUCCAGCGAUCACACAAGUUAUUUUUAUUUUUUUUCCCCCACUGUGGUUGAGAAUCAAAAACAAUUCCACCGAUUGGCCAACGCCACCACUUGUGUUAUUUAACCGCAAACUCUUGCUCCGUAUUAAUGUGAUUAUCUGUGACUCUGCAGUGCCAGAUUUGCCGUUUUUCCUGCUUGGGACGGAUAAGGAAUCGUUUUCCCUGUAAAAUAUGUGAAUGAUGGGGACAUGGGACUUUUUCACGUACGUUUGUUUGUAGACUCGCCACUGCUUUUUACGUCUAAUAGUGCAGAGCGCUCCUCCGAACCCCCCCCUGUCACUCGCUGCUGUUGUACAAUGAGACCUUUGUAGACCACAUAGCAUGGAGGAUGCCAUUUUGGCUCCCUCUAAGGCGAAGGUUGAGUGCUGCUACUACAUGGGCACCAUUGUAUGUCAGUGUUAUAUAUAUUUUUUUUUGAAGGGCGUUACCAUAUAUAAUAAAAUAGAAUUUUCACUUCCCUGCUCUGUUUAUAAGCAAACACCAGGGCACCAUGCUUUCUGGUAUACUAAGAUGGGAUAGGGCCCUUUUUUUAAAUACCAAUGUUUGGGCUGUAAUGCCAAGUUUUACCUGCAGGGGGAGCUGCAGACAAUAAAAUUACGGCUGCCGUUGAAAUAGA